AUGAAUUGGCUCAAGUCAACUCUCGCGACGGUUGCGGGUACGCAGGAGCCGAUCUAUGGGCCCGAGGCCAUCCAGACGGUCACCAAGCAGUCGGAGACCACUCCGUACACCGAGUUGACUAAGGACUUCCUGCAAUGGCGCGCAUACCAGUACACCAACGUGGAGACGCAGACCUUCUACGUCAUGCCGGAGAACGGGCCCCUGGUCAUGGUCCAGGUCAUCUACAGCAAUAUCGUCGGCAUCCACACCACCGCCCAGUUCAACACCAAGAUCUUCAACCCCAAGGGUGACGGCGAGCAUGUGUGGCACUCAGACCCGCUGCAGAACUUCAUGUUUGACGAGCCUAUGUACUCGUUCGGCGCCGAUAACUUGUCGCUCACCCUCAACGAGGACGGCUCCGAGUACACCAUCAAGUCUACCGUUAACGCCGACAGUCUGGUGGAUAUCAAGUUCUCCCGCUCAGCCCCCGGGUUCGUCGUCGGUAAGGACGGAACCACGUACUUUGGGACAGACCCCGAGAACCCCUGGGGCUCGAUGCGUCACUGCUUCUGGCCUCGCUGUGCCGUCUCGGGCACCAUUGCCACCAAGGAGAAGACCUAUGAUCUGACGGGUCGUGGAACGUACAUCAUGGCCCUGCAGGGAAUGAAGCCGCACCAUGCCGCGGCCCGAUGGAACUUCAUCAACUUCCAGACGCCGACCUACAGCGCCAUCAUGAUGGAGUACACGACUCCCCCGUCCUACGGCUCGACUAAGGUCAACGUCGGCGGUAUCGUCAAGGACGGCUCGAUCAUCUAUGCCGGCUCUACCAACUCGGCCACCCACACGGAUUCCGCGCAGGAUGCGGAUAGCGAUUGGCCCGCGCCUACAGCGGCCAAGUGGGAAUGGACCGGCAAGACCGCCGACAACCAAGAGGUCACGGCCGAGGUGGAUGGCUCGCUCGGCAAGCGACAGGACCGCAUUGACGUGAUGGCCCAUGUGCCGGGCUUCAUCAAGUCCAUUGCCGGCAGUGUGGCCGGAACCAGACCGUAUAUUUUCCAGUUCUCUCCCGAGGAGAAGCUCUCAUUGAAACUCAACAUCGGUGGCACCGAGUCCGUCGAGGAGGGCAACAUGUUCUCCGAGGCUACUUUCAUCUCGUGA